AUUUUUUUCACUUUCUCAAUGUACUUGUUAGAUAUUUACAGUUAAUUAGAUUGUAGUUUUUGUUUCUAAUCCGUUUUUUUCUCUUCUAGAAAAUUUUUAAUUAUUAGAAGAAUAAAUUCUAGAAUGUCUUUCCUUGGUAGACUAUUCGGAGGUAAAAGUGAUGGAGCAAAACAAGAGCAAAAGGUCACCACAACUCUGGCCAUUCAAAAACUACGAGAUACCGAGGAAAUGCUUCUCAAGAAGCAGGAACAUCUUGAAGGAUUAAUAAAAGAACAGGAGACAAUUAUCAGAGCCAAUGGAACAAAGAAUAAGAAAAUAGCUUUGGCUGCUUUAAAGAGGAAAAAACGUAUUGAGAAACAAUUGGAAACUGUUGAGGGAACAUUAACAACCUUAGAGAAUCAAAAAGAUGCCCUAGAAAAUGUCAACACCAAUGUCGAGGUUCUUAAGAACAUGGGAAUGGCCGCCAAAGCAUUAAAAACUGUACACAGUAAUAUGGAUACAGACAAAGUGGAAGAUUUGAUGGACGAAGUCCGUGAACAACAACAAAUCGCCGAGGAAAUAGUCCACGUUAUCACAGAUCAUAGUGGUUAUGGUCAGCAAAUUGAUGAAGAUGACCUUCUAAAGGAAUUGGCAGAAAUGGAGCAAGAAGAAUUGGACAGACAAUUAUUGGAUGCUGGUGGUCUUCCAGUGGCCCCACAAACCGACCCCAGAGGGGCAACAUCAUCAAGUUCCAAAUCUAAAGAUCUUGACGAUGAAUUAGAAGCUUUAAAACAAUGGGCUUCCUAAUAACUCAAUCAAUUUUAAUUUUUCUACUCAACAUAAGCCACAAAAACAAAUCAAUCGCCACUUGAACAUAAAUUUCCCAACGAGUUAUUUUCAUUAAAACUCAAUAUCUUGGACUGUUCAUAUUAUACAUACACACAA